UAUAGCUAUAGGUAAGUGUAGUGCUACACUAAAAAAUCCAGACUUAACAUAACUUGCAAGGUCUUUAUAGGUAAUAGUCACCAAAAUGGCAGGGAGAUGUGUCUUCAAAUAUGUACAACCAAAAAGCUUUGCACCUCAAAUACACCUUCGUAGUGCUUCCACAGCAAUAUCUGCUUUUGAGAGGCAACAUAAAACUCCAACUAUAAUCAAAGUUAUGCCAAUGCCUAAAGCACACUACGGUGGAAGACAUACUGUCACUCUUUUACCAGGAGCUGGUAUCGGACCUGAACUUAUGGGCUAUGUUCGAGAGGUUUUCAAAUAUGCAAGUGUACCAGUAGAUUUUGAAGAAAUUAAUAUUGAUCCCAAUGCAGACAACAAUGACGACUUAGACUAUGCCAUCACUUCUAUCCGCAGAAAUGGUGUGGCUUUAAAAGGUAAUAUUGAAACUCGUAGCAAAGAAGUUGGAGUAUUAUCACGUAAUGUUGCUCUGAGAAAUGAGUUGGAUCUCUUUGUUAAUACUUUACGUUGUAUCUCCUACCCUGGUGUUAAUUCGCGUCAGAAAAAUAUAGACAUUGUUAUUGUGAGACAAAAUACUGAGGGUGAAUAUGCCAUGUUAGAGCAUGAGAGUGUAUCAGGUGUUGUUGAGAGUAUGAAAGUUAUUACACAAGAAAAUGCUGAAAGACUUGCUCGAUAUGCUUUUGAAUAUGCAAGGAGACAUAACAGGAAGAAGGUCACCACUAUUCAUAAAGCAAAUAUCAUGAAAUUGUCGGAUGGAAAAUUCUUGGAAGUCUCUAAAAAAGUUGCCAAAGAGUACCCUGAUAUUCAAUUAAAUGACAUGAUUAUUGAUAAUACAUGCAUGCAGCUAGUAUCCAAUCCUCAUCAAUUUGAUGUCAUGUUGACAACAAACUUAUAUGGUGCUAUCGUUUCUAAUGUAAUUUGUGGUCUGCUCGGUGGUGCUGGUUUAUUGGCUGGUAAAAAUUAUGGCGAUCACUACACCAUCUUUGAACCAGCAACGCGUAACACUGGUGCAAGUAUAGCUGGAAAAAAUAUUGCAAAUCCCAUUGCUAUGCUCAACGCCGCUACAGACAUGUUGCGUCAUCUUGGGCGUCAGGAACAUGCAACUGUCAUUCAAAAUGCCAUUGUAAAAACAAUCAAUGCCGGAGUCCACACCAAAGAUUUAGGAGGCACUGCUACGAGCAGAGAUGUUGUUGAUAAUAUCUUGAAGUGUAUUAAAGCGGCAAGAAGUUAAGAAGACAUACGAUAUUAGUUCGUCCAAUGAAUUUGUGAUAAAGUAUUACAAAAAAUCAUUGCAGAUUCUUUUUAAAUUGUAAAAACCUAUUAUUGUAGUCACUUGUAUGUACUUAUAAAAGUUCAUAAUGGAUUUUAAGCUCUUAUAUUAAUUUUUGGUUUCACUAUAUGUAUUAAUAAUAUUGGACCAAUUGAUUAUACUGAAUUUGUGAUAUACAAUUUUAUAUUGGAAACAAUCUUGUUUUAAUCUAAAACGUAAAUAAUAUAGUUGUAAAUUUUAAGAAAAUACUUCAAAAUAUAUCAGAAACCAAACAUAAUUUAUAGAAAAAUGUUAUACUGAAUUUAUCAUAAAAAUAUAUUGCAAGUAAUUGAAGAAUAUAUUCAUAGAAAUGCAAACAUUUUUUGCAAUACAUCAUGCUAAAAAUAUACUGAAUUGUGUUAAAAUUACAUAUUAAAGUAUUAUAAAAAUGCUAUUAACGCACCAGUAGGACUGCUUUUGCCUUAUAAGAUAAUACAUUAAAAGCAAAUGUUGAAAAAAAAUCGCACAAACAAUUAUUGUUACUGAAUUGAACGUUCAAUCUCGCCAACUGAUGUUUUUUAACAGAAAAUUUGUAAGACUACGAAUGUCAAUUGAUUUAUUGUUGAUUUGAUUUAUAAUUAAGAUGAUACUCGGUGACUAACAUUAUAUUUGGAUUGAGGAUUCAAUUAAACGAAGAAAAAAA